GACCCCCAGCUCAUUAUGGUAACCCCCAUCCCAUCAUGGUGGCCCCCAGCUCAUCACAGAGAUCCUGCCUGUAUACUGAGGCUGUGCCACCAGGAGUACCUGUCACUCCCAGUAAAUCCUGGGGUGCCAGGAAAAGCCUCUUCCCAAGUUCCCAUGCAGUGGCGUGCAGCAGAGCAGUGGUGCCCUCCCCACCCCCAUCGCUUGCGGCUGCUCCAGAAGAUGCAUUUGACCCAGACUUGCACGGCCGUAGCCAUGGCAACGGCUGCGGGAUGCGAGAUGCGGGUGACUGCGGAUGCAGGGAUGCGCGGUGAUGGGCCCUGUGUUGCUGCUGGUGUGCCCCAUGACUGGGUUGCACCCAGGUCUGUCUUCACGCCAGGUCUGGAUUCACCUCAUUCCCAGUCCACAGUGCACCAGCAUGUUCAUGCUGCAUUGCACAUGUGUGUGCAAGCACGGACAUGGGCACUGGUGGGGAUGACAGUGCCAAGGGGAGCAGCACGGCAGGGAGAGGCGGGGCAGCUGGAGACGGAGCCACUCACCCCUUUAUCAGGGCUGGGCUGCCAUAAAGCCAGCGCUGUUUGCAUUGGUGGGGCUGCGCUGGCGUUACUGGCCCGACUCUGCUUUGUCUCCAUGUUAACUUUUAACUGCGACAGCUUCUCCUUUUCAGCCUCACCAAGAGCCUGUGAGAGCCCCAGCAUCUGA